CUUGACCCCACAACGUUUUGACUGUACCAUAGCAUGUUUUGGAGUUUGAUUUCAUCAAUACUAUCAUUGUUAUAAUAAGUAGUAGGUCCUUUCGCAAGGCUUCAUCUCCUUCAAAGAAACUCAUCAUCAUCGGCGCUCUGAAACGGCUUCAAUUUGACCAAUAUUCAACCGGACUCACCUCUUGAUUCUCAUUCUAUAAUGGAUCUCAAGAACACCAUCAAAGUUUUCUGUUUAGCAGGGCUUCUAAGUGUUAUUACCCAGGCGCAAUCAGUCAAUCCUGGCGUUGGCAUCAACCCCAAUGCUCACGGAGCCACAGAGAAUGUCACCCCUAGCUCAGGGCCUAAUGGUGCGAUCAAAUGGCUGAACAGUGGCAUGGAUCAGGAUUCUGGCUGGAAACCCCCCUUUCUGGAUUUUGACACCAUCAAGCAUAUCUCCAAGGAACAGUUCUACGAUGGACCAGGCUCUGCUUGCAGGAAGUACGACUGGGCAUUCAGUGCUGCUGCUGACGAGUUCAACAUUGAUGCGGCUAUCCUCGCAAUGAUCGCACAGCAAGAGUCGUCUUGCAACGCUGAUGCGGGCGGCUCAACUCCAGGUCUGAUGCAAGUCGCUUGCGGCAACUACCCCGGUGGCGUCUGCCAUCCCAAAGACAUUAAGCUCAACGUACGCAUGGGCGCAAAGUACUUCCGCGAUAGACUCGAUGAGUCGGACAACAACGUUUUGAAAGCCUUGGGCAACUACAACGGCUGGUUUACGGGCGGCUCGGGACGGAAUGGGAACAAGGGGCUCACAAAGAGCUACCCUUGCUCUAACGAGGGCAAGUCAAAUGGUGAUCCACAGAACUUGGACUACCUCCAUCAGCAAGUCAAUGGAUGGUUCAUGGGCCUUAACCCCUACGGCGAUGAAAGCUGGAUCGGAACGAACCGCUGCUCGGGUUCCUGUAAAGACGGCAAAGCUUGUUAAGCUGUCGAUCUCUUUGGCGUACAGCUGGUUAGCUCGUUGACUUUCGUAUACAUGUAAAU